UUGCUGUUAGAAAACCUAUAAAAACAAGCCAGGAAUAUUAUUAGUUUAGUGUGCGUGACAAGCUGCGUCUUACACUCGCGAUUUGUAUGACACUUUGUGUUAGUGUGCGUGAAUUGCUUAAAAUAGAGAUAAUGGCGGAUACCAAUGGAGAGGAAGACAAACAGCGAUCGUACAGCUCCAUGAACAAUUUACAAACGCCUUUACCAACAGUGUUUUGCACUGAUGCAUCUGUCACCAGUGUGCCUUCAUCCCAAGUACUGAACAGCUCUGAGUCGAAGCUGUCAUUACCAUCCGCAUUGGGUACUCCCACGUCACCGUUGAAGCUUAACUCCCCCUUAUCGCUUCCCACGUCACCCACCCCUUUUGUAAAACUUCAAACGGGUUCUAAUAAAUCAUUCGAGGGGUCGGCGGAUACAUCAAAAGUAGAGCAGAUGAAUAGCACAAUGAAAUCUCCUCGAAAUUCUGGAUCGGCGACGGGAAAUCCCCGAAACAAAUGUGCUCUUCAGCCUGGUCACAGCCUGAUGGAUUGGAUUCGCCUGGGCAACUCGGGAAAAGACCUCACCGGUGUGGGGGGACGGAUACGGUCUGUCUCACCUACAGAACUAUCGCUCCAUAAUACUCAAAAUAACGCGUGGCUAGCGAUUCGUGGCCGUGUGUAUAACAUAACACACUAUUUGCCAUUUCAUCCAGGAGGUUCUGAAGAGCUAAUGCGUGGCGCCGGAAUGGAUGCCACAGAACUGUUUGAUAAAGUCCAUCCCUGGGUCAACUACGAUUCUCUCUUAGCAAAAUGUUUGGUCGGUCCGCUGAGUUUCGACAGGCCAGAUGCCGACGAAUUAUUUAACACAUCGUCGCCGAAAGCAGACCGUCUCAGGGAGCCGUCUAAAGCGCAGGAACUUGUAAGAAAAUCGAUGGAGAAUUUGGCCAAUUGCAUAACGCCUGUACGGAAGAAAAUAACUGCUAAAAGUGAAGAAAAUGUGAAAGGCAGUCCACCGAGUAAAAUAAUGCAGAGUUUGAUACAGUCGAGUGACCUCCCUGUCUCAAUCAGUCGGAGAGCGGCCGCGAACCUGGCCAGGAAGACCACGGCUAAGGAUACACCUCCGCCAGUUCGGUACGACUGGAUACAGACGUCUCAUAAACUGAUACUGUCAAUAUAUACAGGGCAGUUGGUGAACCCUGGCGGGAGCGCCCGAUUAGUGGGUGGGUCCCUUCUGAUAGAGAUUGUGACGGAUGGUUGGUUGAGGACAUUUCAAUUAAAUCCAGAGGGUUCACUAAGGGAACCAUUACAAUUAAAAGUUUUUGCAGAAAGUGGUAAGGUUGAAGUUGUAGCAAUAAAAGUUGAGAGUAAGGUAUGGAAGGAAUGUGGUGUGAUGACUCUUGGAGACCCCGUCCCGACAUCUGCUCCGAGGAGAGUAGAGUGCCGCGUACUGGAUGUUGCUCAACUGUCUCAUGACACAAGCCUGCUGGUGUUGGCUGCAGUCACGGGACCCGUCAUAGUUCCCCUGGGACACCACAUAAGGGUUCAUCAUCAACAAAAUUCGGAGUGCGUCCGAUCCUACACCCCUCUGGGAGACGGCUGGGACAGGAGCCGUAUUGAUCUCACUACACUGAAACUAGCAGUGAAACGAUAUGACUCGGGACUUCUCUCGCCGUAUUUGACGUCGCUAAAGAUUGGAGACCUCGUGACGUUGUCGGGGCCUUACGGAACUUUUCAACUACACAAGCUGAAAUCUGUGAAGACGGUGUAUUUCAUCGCAGCAGGGACCGGCAUCACACCCAUGUUGGGACUGAUGAGGUUCAUGUUGUCUAGGUCCAACCCCAGAUGUGAGUCUUUGAACCUGCUAUUUUUCAAUAAGACUGAGGAUGACAUUCUCUUUAAGGAGCAUUUUGAAGGCGUGGCUCAACAAGAUGACAGGUUAAAAGUGUUCCACAUACUUUCCAACCCGAGCUCGCCGUGGCAGGGUAUGAAGGGCCGAAUCUGUAUGGAUACUUUGUGUCAAAUUAUUGAUCAGGACUCGAUACAUUCCUCUGAAGACGGUAGUCAUUUUGCUUGUCUCUGUGGACCUACGGAAUUCACAUACACUGGCCUAGACUUGUUGAACAAAAUAGGAUUCAAAGAAAGUUUUAUGCACGCUUUUAUAGGUUAACAAAUGCAGUUUUCAUGUAAUUAAAGAUUUUAUAUUUGCUAAUUUAUCACAAAUGUAAGUAAUGUAUGUGCCUAUUUUAAGUAAUUUAAUUUUACUUUAAUUCUAAUGAUUAGAUCAAAUAAUGACGGUAAGGCUAUAAAAAGAUUUGGGCUAAAAUAGUAUUUUGGGAAAGUUUCAUAGAAUAAAAGACAUCAUAUAUCUACACGUAUUAUAUUUAUUAUAUAAUUCUAAAUAUUGUAGUGAUAUUUUGGUGAGCUUUGGCAUGAUGCGUUCCAGUAAUAUCUAUUUUUAAAUAAUAGUGAGUUGUUCAGAUCUCUAGAGAAUAUUAUUGUAAGGUAUAGUGCCCUUGGCUGUAAAAUCACGUCCUUUGAGUGAGACUUAGAAGUAAUAUAAUAUGUGGGUAGUUGUAAGAAUGUAGAGUAUUUGUAUAACUGUAUAUAAAAUUUUAUCUUCUUACAUAUGCUUCAGUACUUACUACAUUAUUUAUAUUGUAUAGUAUCUUAACUUAAAGAGUAACUUCAAAUAAUAUAAAGAGUUACCAUGCCUAGUAAAUUAUAAGUAUAAAUUUGUAUAAGUAAUUCCAUCCAAUUAUGUCCUUUAAUAAAUUAUAUGUUAAGUAAUAUUUAUGACAAAAGGCACAAGUUUUGAAAACGAUUGGAUUUUGUUCUAUUCUUUAGUUUCAUUUAGAAAUGGUAUGUAUGGGAGGUGAGGUGGCGUAUACUUACAUAAACAUUGAAUAAAAAAUUGAAACUAAA